UAAAAAGGCUAAUUAGAUAUAAAAGUUGAUACAAAAAGUAGAGUUUUACAUAUUUUAAUAGUUAAAAUUAAAGCGAUGGAAGAUAGCAAAAUCAAUUAGGAUUUAGAACUUAUUUAACUUAUAGAAGUAGCUAGACAUGGAUCCCGCUCUCCAUAUUAUGAUAUAUGGGACUAUAGAUAUAAUUGGACUCUUCCUUUACAGGCGCUAACUCCUAUUGGAUAGAGGCAGCAUUAUAUCAUAGGUUAAGAAAUCUACAAAAGAUAUCAAUCAACAAUAUUUAACAACGGCAAAUUUGAUUAAAAGCAGAUUAGUGUUCUGUGCACUUCGACAGAUAGAGCUUAAUAAAGUGCAUUAUGUUAAUUGUAUGGCAUAUAUUACUAGAAAGGGGAAAAAGUACAUUAAAAUUGGUAAUUUAAUCCUUAGACAGACUUACCACCUUUGAAAUUAUCAGAAGGUAAAAAAUUAAUUGACGAUCUGUAAGAUAAAAAUCUACCUAAUAGUUAUGUUCCUAUAAAUGUUAGAGAACCUGAUAAUCCUUAUCUUUUAGAAUCUUGUAGUUAUAGCGAAGGUAUUUAGAAACUUAAAUAAAUAAACUACACUACUGAUGUAUAUAAGUAGUUUGAUGAGUAAAUGUCUGAAUUUAAAAAAGAGUUUGUAUAAAAAUUUAAUCUACAAAUUAAUCCAAGUGAAGUUGGUUUAAAGAUGAUAGCUGAUCACUGGGAUUCGGUAGUUUGUGAUAUUUACGAAUAGAUUCCUCUUCCUGAAACAUUUGAUCAAUUAUUUAUAAAGAAAUUAUAGUUUGUUUAUGAUUUCACAUAACUUUAUAUCGACUACCAAAGUAGUUCUGGGUAACUUUUAAAGAUGCAAACUACAACUUUUUUCAAUGAUGUUAUUGAUAUUAUUAGAAAUCACAGUGAAAUUAAAUUUAGAUUCUAUUCUGGUAGUGAUAAUAACUUAAAUGGAUUAUUAAUUGCUGCUGGACAUAUCAAUUAUACCACAGAUUUCUAAGAAUGGUUAAAUCCUACAAAAUAUGCUUCUUAUAAUAACGUUUAUUUUUCAUCCACGAUAUUUUUUGAAGUCUAUCAGAGCAAAAGCACAAAUAAAAAGUAUAUAAAAAUGUUAUACAAUGAUUAACCAGUUAAAAUUAUAGGUUGUUCAUCAUUAAUAUGCGAUUUCGAAGAUGAAUUUGUACCAUCAAUAACUAAAUAAGCUAUCUUACCUGAUGAAAUAUUUUAAAAAGCACUGCAGAAAGGAAUAUUAGAUGACAAUUAAAACUGA